AUGAUUAUUCCCGGCGCAGCCGCCACUGGCCCUGUGUUCCUGCUUAAAGACGUGAUACAUCAAGCUCACUUACAUCCGGCGGAGCACUCAUUCCCGUCACCGCGAGUCAGAUUAAGUCACACUCCCGCGUGCCAAACAAAGCCAAGCGAGCGUCCGACCGAGUACAAAGGUAAUCCCGUAAUGAAGAAUGCAGCUUUUGAGUUCAUUCCAUUCCCCACUGGGAAUUUUCGUCCCAGCCAUCCUUGGAAUAAAAUCAAGCCGCUCCGCGAUGCUGUAGCCUACUAUACGCCCAUCGCCAGUGCGUUCUGCGUGAAGGAUUUCAUCAAGGUUGACGGGAAGAUCGUAAAGCUCACUUGGGCAGCAUGGCAGCGAACUGACAAGUCCCAGCGGGAAGCUAGAACAUCAAAAUCACAGAAGUCUACCUAUAACACCAGGGCCGGUAGUGCGAUGACGGUGGAUCAAUCGUGCGACUAG